CCUAACAGGAUUUGAAGAACAAGUAUCAUUAUCAUCAAGAUUUUACGAAACAUAUUUUUAAUUGAACGAAGAGUGCAAUUUUUUUUAAUGUAUUUACAAAUAAUUAUGUGGUCUAUGCCAAAACAAUAUAAUUAAACAUUCCACGACGGUAAUAUCGACUUAAAAUUGGUAAUACUUGUUUUCAUCGGAUGAAGAAUUAUCAACAAAGAACUGUUGAAUUUAACUGUCCUAAAACAGUGAACAAACGAAAUCAACGUCAUCUACGGUGAUGACAACUCACGAUGAAACGGCAAGUUUACUUGUCCGUGCUCCAGGCGCUCCAGUUGUAAUGCAACCACCUGGCAGUGGACCUGGAGGCGGAGGUACGUUAAGUCCAGGAAGUAUUUCAAUACCUGUGUCAUCGUCAUGUGGGCCUGGUGGUGGUGGCGGUGGUGCUACAAAGCCAGUGUUAAUGAGACAAGAAUGCACAACCAUAUUGAAUUCAUCACAUCAUCCACAGUUAUCGGUGUUUUCAGAUAGUGAAGAAGAUGGUUCGUUAUGCUUCGAUGAGAAUAGUAGGUCCGUACCGGAUAUUGAAAUGCAUUGUAGAGUGGACGUGAAGAAUUGUCGUGCAAUAAACACAUCAGGUAUACCAUCACCACGAAAUCGUAGUUCAUCAACUGCUUUUCAAUUGGGUCCACCAUCUCAAGUACAAUCGCCACGAUGUAUACAACAUUCUUCAUUACAUGGUGGCAGUGGAUUAUAUGGGGGUAAUAGUGGUAGUACAACAAUUGCAAUGGAUGGACGUCGUACGUCACAUACACCCUUGUCCACAUUAAGAAUUGUACGGUCAGCAUCAAGAGAAUCAGUACGAUCAGCUCAUCAUUGUAUGUGUCAUUGUCCAAGUACUCAGGUAUCAUCCACCACGUGUCACAUGUGCGGCCAUUCAUCUAUAUCACCCGCUAUGAUACAACUAUCCACAAGUCCACUACUAACUGGCAACCGAAUCAUUCGACAGAGUUCACAACCUGAAUCAGCAUCAACUGGUGGAGGAUGUUUUUUGCAACAUGGUAGCAGUACGGCAAGUACUUCAUUGCGUUACUUACGUGAAGAUCGCGGUUCAGAUAUUGGUGGUGGUUUAGCGAGCAUUGCAGCCGAUUCAUUACGCAUUAAUGGCGCUAUGCGCAAUUUUAAACAGGGGGUGCUGCUUUGCCCACAACAAACAAUGGCGCAGUCACGUCGAACAAGACUCAAACGCGCAUUAACGGAGGUCACUAACGAUACACCCUUGUGUUCAAAAAUGUUACGUAAACCCGUAUCAACGAUAUCAAUACCGGGCGCAGUGAAAGGGUGUGCUGGAACAAGUGGCGGCAAUGGUGCGGGGGGCGGCAGCAUGGGAGCGACUAGUACUGGCGGUGGUGCUGUCAGUGGUGUCGGUGGUUUUGGAUUGCGCACCGCGACGAGUGCCGGGGGCGGCGCACCCGAUGAGGCAGGCGUCGCUCUUGUGGCGGGACAUGUCUCCGAAUAUCCGAGGUAUAUGGAGGAGAGGGGUUUGGGCGGUGGUAUAUAUAAAAAUGGUACUGGUGCGUCUACUGGUAGCCUUAAACAUAAACCAAAUGUUGGAUAUCGACUGGGUCGAAGAAAGGCAUUAUUUGAAAAGCGAAAACGUAUUAGUGAUUAUGCUUUAGUGAUGGGCAUGUUUGGUAUAAUAGUAAUGGUUAUGGAGAAUGAAUUAUCUAGUGCUGGUGUAUAUUCCAAGGCCUCUUUUUAUUCAAUGGCGUUAAAAACCCUUAUAUCUGUAUCGACUGUGAUCCUUCUAGGCCUAAUUAUGGCUUAUCAUGCUUUAGAAGUCCAGUUGUUCCUGAUCGAUAAUUGUGCGGACGACUGGCGAAUCGCAAUGACGUGGGGACGUACAUGUCAAAUUGCAACCGAAUUGCUCAUUUGUGCAAUACACCCAAUACCGGGACAAUAUUCAUUUAUGUGGACAACACGUAUGGCAAACAAAGGUGGUGGAAGUGAGUCACGUCUUGUGCCCUGCGAUAUUGCGUUAUCAUUACCUAUGUUUAUCAGAUUAUACUUAAUUUGUCGUGUUAUGCUGUUACAUAGUAAAUUGUUUACGGAUGCCUCAUCACGAAGUAUUGGUGCUUUAAAUCGUAUAAAUUUCAAUACACGAUUUGUGUUGAAAACAUUAAUGACCAUUUGUCCUGGCACGGUCCUACUUGUGUUCAUGGUCUCCCUUUGGAUCAUUGCCAGUUGGACGUUACGCCAAUGUGAACGGUUUCACGAUGACGAGCAUGCAAAUUUGUUAAAUGCAAUGUGGUUAAUUGCAAUAACAUUUUUAAGUGUCGGUUUUGGAGAUAUUGUGCCUAAUACAUACUGUGGACGUGGAAUUGCUGUUAGUACUGGAAUUAUGGGAGCAGGAUGUACAGCGCUUCUAGUAGCAGUCGUUUCUAGAAAAUUAGAAUUAACUAGUGCUGAAAAACAUGUUCAUAAUUUUAUGAUGGACACACAACUCACAAAAAGGCUAAAAAAUUCAGCAGCGAACGUAUUAAGAGAGACGUGGUUAAUAUACAAACACACACGACUUGUUAAAAGAGUGAAUCCAGGCCGUGUUCGAACUCAUCAAAGAAAAUUUUUACUUGCCAUUUAUGCUUUACGGAAAGCAAAAAUGGAUCAGCGAAAGCUUAUGGAUAAUGCGAAUACAAUGACGGAUAUGGCGAAGACACAAAAUACAGUGUACGAGAUCGUAUCAGACAUGAGCACUAGACAAGAUGCUCUUGAAGAUCGUUUAGUUACGUUUGAUGAAAAAUUGGUGGCCUUACAAGAACAAUUGGAAUUGUUGCCUGAUCUCAUAGCUAGUAGGAUUGCUGCGCAGAAUGAAAAAUACGAACAACGUCGAAAUUUCUUACAUCCAGAAUCAGCUGCCGGCUUACAACAAGCUCGAAGUGUACCUUCCACAUGUCCGUGGCCUCCAUUGCCUCCUAUAUCAGCAGUGAAACCACCACCUGUAGUUUCAGCUCCAAGCACAACACAAAGUUCAUAAACGUAUAUUUUAGUGGUAAUAAAGUG